AUGUUAAUGCCUCUCCGGGCUUAUGAGCUAAGGCACCAACUUUCCCAACGUCCCGGCGGCCGACGCCCCACUCUGGGCCUGGCGGGGCGCGGCCGGGCGCGGUCUCAGUGUCAGCGGGUCCUGCAGCCCGGAGCGGAGCAAGAGCGCGCCCCGAGCUCGAGCCAGCGCCCGCUGCCUGCCAGGAUGGGGGGACCCCGGCGCCGGGAACCCCCACGGCCCGGGCCCUGCCUGCUCCUGGUCCUCCUGCAGCUGCUGCCCCAGAUGCAGGCGGCGUGCAGGGAGUGUGAACUGCGUGAGUGUGAGCGCUUGUGGACGUGUUCACGCGUCUUCACCUGCUUUGUCCUCUUCCUCCACGGUGCACUUUGGCCCCCCACCUCACCCCCCUGGUCCCCCGAGCGGAUCAGCACCAUGGACAGAGCCCCCGGAGGCCCUGAUCCUGUGGAUGUGCUGACAGCUCUGGGCCUCCGAGGGGGCCGGGCUGGUGUUCCUGAGAAGCCUGGUCUGUGCCCCCAGAGGAGCCCUCGGGGCGACCGAGCUUUCGGGGUGAACAAGGCCAGCAGCGGCCUGGCAGUUCCCACGAACGAGCUGUUCCCGGAUGGCUUUCCAGAGAACUUCUCGGUGCUGGCCACGCUGCGGGCCGAGCUGGGCCAGCCGUCGGUCCUGCUGUCCGUGUACGACCAGGCUGGGACCCUGCAGAUAGGCCUGGCUCUGGGGCCCCUGGGGGACCCCUUCCUCCCCCUUCCCAAGCACAUCAACCUCACAGAUGGCAGGUGGCACCGGUUGGCACUGAGCGUGGACGGGGCAGCCGUGACCUUGGUCUCUGAUUGUGUCCCUCAGCUGCCUGUCCUGAGACCGGGGCAUCGGCUCAUCAGUACGGCAGGAAUCACAGUAUUGGGGACCCGGAACCCCGGGGAGAAAGCUUUUGAGGGAGACAUCCAGGAGAUGCUGAUCAGCAGGGACCCCCAGGCUGCCUUCCAGGCCUGUGAGCUGCACCUUCCAGGAUGUGACCCCACGGUGAGUGAAGGGCAGACAGAGACGCCACCCCCCAAAAGGAAGAAGGGCAAGGGGAAGAAGAAGGAGCGGGGCCGCAAGGGAAAGGGCCGGAAGAACAAGGACAAGGACAAGGCGACCUCAACCCCCACCCCGGGGCCUCCAGACACUCAAAACCGUUCGUCUGUCACGGCUCCUCCGCCCGCUGCGAGCCCGCCUCCGAGCCCCUGGCCUGCUGCUACCAGCGCCCCGGGGAUGGGGACCGGGUUCGGUACUGAGACCGUGAUCUCGGGCAGCAGCGCCCCUGACUUCGAGGGGGGCCUGAACCCAGAAAGUGGAUCUGAACUGGGGACCCCGGAAUCGACGUUGGCCGGAGAGGAUGAUGAAGGGGGUAACCCCACCUUGGGCCCCAACUUCCGGGCAGCUGAACAGUCAUUGCAGACUCAAUUCCAGAUCUUGCCAGACGCUGGAGAGAAGGGGGCUAAAGGAGAACCAGCGGUGGUUGAAAAGGGCGUUACUGGCCCACCAGGCCCUUCCGGCCCCCCUGGAACUUCUGGGGACAGAGGCCUGCCGGGCCCCCCUGGCCUCCCAGGAAUACCAGGAGUGGACGGUAUCCGUGGCCUGCCGGGCACCGUGAUCAUGAUGCCGUUCCACUUUGCAAGCAGGUUCCUCGGAGGACCCCCAGUGUCCUUUCAGCAGGCCCAGGCUCAGGCGGUGCUGCAGGAAACUCAACUUUCUAUGAAGGGCCCUCCUGGCCCGGUGGGGCUCACUGGGCGCCCGGGUCCCGUGGGUCUUCCGGGUUAUCCUGGUCUGAAAGGAGAGAUAGGAGAGAUUGGUCCACAGGGUCCCCGAGGCCUUCAGGGACCUAUUGGGCCACCUGGCCGGGAAGGCAAAAUGGGCCGGACUGGAGCAGACGGAGCCCGGGGCCUGCCUGGGGAAACAGGACCCAAGGGCGACCGGGGUUUUGACGGCCUCCCUGGGCUGCCUGGGGAGAAGGGCCAGCAGGGCGAUUUUGGCCGGGUGGGGCAGCCAGGCCCCCCUGGAGAAGACGGCAGGAAGGGAGUGGAGGGACCCCCAGGUCCAGUUGGCCAGGCCGGGGAACCGGGUCUCCGGGGACUGACAGGUCCCAGAGGCUCCCCUGGCCCCCUGGGACGAAGGGGCAUCACUGGUGUGGACGGUGCUCCGGGGCCCAAAGGAAAUGUGGGGCUUCCUGGAGAACCAGGCCCUCCUGGCCAGCAGGGGACCCCCGGAUCGCAGGGACUGUCUGGCCCCCAGGGACCGAUCGGUGCCCCCGGAGACAAGGGCCGCCCCGGAAAUCCAGGCAUUCCAGGCGUGCCAGGAUCUGAGGGUCCUCCGGGCCACCCAGGCCACGAGGGUCCCACAGGCGAGAAAGGAGCUCAGGGCCCAGCAGGGUCGGCCGGACCACCCGGCUACCCUGGACCCCGAGGUGUGAAGGGAACCUCUGGCAACCGGGGCCUCCAGGGAGAGAAAGGAGUGAAGGGAGAGGAUGGUUUCCCUGGUUUCAAGGGUGAUGCGGGGCUCAAAGGCGAUCUGGGGCCCCCUGGUGCCCCUGGUCUUCGGGGAGAGGAUGGACCAGAAGGGCUGAAGGGGCAGGAAGGAUUGGCCGGCGAAGAGGGGCCUCCGGGAUCAGCAGGAGAGAAGGGCAAGCUUGGAUUGCCUGGGCUUCCCGGCUAUCCAGGACGGCCAGGCCCUAAAGGAUCAAGUGGAUUCCUGGGACCCCCGGGGCCAUUAGGAGAGAAGGGAAAGCGGGGGAAGGCAGGGCAGCCAGGCCUGGAAGGAGAGCGGGGUCUGCCGGGCUCCCGUGGAGAAAGGGGCCAGCUAGGAGCCACUGGACAACCAGGCCCCAAGGGUGAUGUGGGCCAGGAUGGGGCCCCAGGAACUCCAGGAGAAAAGGGACCCCCCGGUCUGCAAGGCCCCCCUGGAUUCCCUGGGCCCAAGGGCCCCCCUGGUCCUCAAGGCAAGGAUGGGCGACCAGGGCACCCUGGUCAGAGAGGAGAACUGGGUUUUCAGGGCCACACAGGCCCACCGGGACCAGCCGGAGUCCUGGGCCCUCAGGGGAAAGUUGGGGAUGCCGGGCCUGUGGGUGACAGGGGUUCCCCAGGGCCCCCCGGACCUCCUGGAGAACAUGGCCUUCCGGGCGCUGAAGGCAGUGAAGGUGUCAAGGGAGACCUGGGCCCACCGGGACCACUUGGGAAGGAAGGACCAACUGGACUCCGGGGCCUGCCUGGCCCCCUCGGAGCGGUUGGUGACCCCGGACCUGCUGGCUUGAAGGGGGACAAAGGCCCUCCAGGCCCCGUCGGGGCCAAUGGCUCCCCCGGAGAGCGGGGACCUCUGGGGCCCACAGGGGGUAUUGGGCUUCCGGGCCAGAGCGGAGGUCAAGGCCCCAUUGGCCCUGCUGGCGAGAAGGGGGCACCGGGUGAAAGGGGUUCUCCAGGCCCAGCCGGGAGAGACGGACCUCCAGGUCCUCUGGGCCUUCCCGGGCCCCCUGGACCCGCUGGCCCUUCUGGCGAAGAGGGGGAUAAGGGAGAAGUGGGUGCCCCUGGGCACAAGGGUAGCAGAGGCGAUAAGGGGGAUGCGGGUGCACCUGGACCAACAGGGAUACAGGGGCCCGUAGGACACCCAGGACCCCCGGGUGCCGAUGGGGCACAGGGACGCCGGGGUCCCCCAGGCCUAUUUGGGCAGAAAGGCGAUGAUGGGGUUCGGGGCUUCGUGGGGGAGAUUGGUCCCCCUGGCCUGCAGGGGCUGCCAGGCCCCCCCGGAGAGAAAGGCGAGGUUGGAGACGUGGGGUCCAUGGGUCCCCACGGAGCUCCAGGCCCACGAGGUCCCCAUGGCCCCAGUGGAGCGGAGGGUUCCCCAGGGCUGCCUGGAGGAGUUGGACAGCCAGGAGCAGUGGGCGAGAAGGGUGAACCUGGACAGACUGGAGAUCCCGGGCCCCCAGGAGCCCCAGGAGUCCCUGGACCCCGGGGAGAUUUUGGCGACAAGGGAGACGCAGGACCAUCAGGAGCUGCUGGCCCCCCGGGAAAGAAAGGCCCCCCCGGAGAGGAUGGGGCCAAAGGGAAUGUGGGCCCCAGGGGACUUCCUGGAGAUCUCGGGCCCCCAGGAGACCCUGGCGUAACGGGUAUCGAUGGUGUCCCAGGAGAAAGGGGAGACCCCGGAGAUGUCGGGGCACCGGGCCCACCUGGUGCUUCUGGGGAGUCUGGCCCCCGGGGACCCCCUGGAAAGAGGGGUCCCCCCGGCCGCCUGGGCCCUGAAGGCCGAGAAGGGGAGAAGGGCGCAAAGGGGCUGCCUGGCCCAGAUGGCCCUCCUGGGAGAACAGGCCCUGUGGGGGUUCGGGGCCCCCCAGGGCGUGAGGGGCCCGAGGGUCUUCGUGGAAUACCCGGCCCUGUGGGCGAGGCUGGCCUGCUGGGUUCCCCCGGACAGACAGGCCCCCCCGGACCCCUGGGUCCCCCUGGCCUCCCAGGACUGAAGGGAGAGCCCGGCAUCAAGGGGGAGAAGGGCCACAUUGGACUCGUCGGUCUCAUUGGCCCGCCUGGGGAGGCAGGAGAAAAGGGGGACCGUGGGCUGCCAGGCAUGCAGGGGUCUCCCGGCCCCCAGGGAGAGCUUGGCAGCCGUGGCCCCAAGGGCUCUCUGGGCGUCCCGGGGCCCCCUGGCGUGGCGGGACCUGCUGGAGAAAAAGGAGCCAAGGGGUCCUCGGGUGCGCUGGGUCCCCGUGGCGACAGGGGCCCGCCAGGACCUCCUGGCCCCCCGGGGCCCCGGGCUGAGCUGCAGGGGCUGCUGGAGCGACACCGAAGAGCACUGCAUAGCCCAGAGGAUGGCCUGGAGGAGGUGCUGGCCUCCAUGUCGUCACUGAGCAGGGAGCUGGAGCAGCUGCGCCACCCACCAGGCACGGCCGAGCACCCGGGGCUGGUGUGCAGCGAGUUGCAGCGGGACCACCCCCGACUGCCUGAUGGGCAGUACUGGAUCGACCCCAACCAGGGCUGUGCCAGGGAUGCACUCCGCGUCUUCUGCAACUUCACAGCUGGUGGCCACACCUGCCUGUACCCCGACAAGAGGUUUGAGAUGGUGAAACUGGCCUCAUGGUCCCGAGAGAAGCCAGGGAACUGGUAUAGCACCUUCCGGCGAGGGAAGAAGUUCUCCUAUGUGGACGCGGACGGCAACCCGGUGAGCCCUGUGCAGCUGACCUUCCUGUCCCUGCUGAGCGCAGGCGCCCAGCAGACCUUCACCUACCUCUGCCAGAACUCAGCUGCGGGGGGCCUGCGAUUCCGGGGGACUUGGGGGGGAGAGCUGAGUGUUAACCACACAGCGCCGGCAGCCGCUGCCUCUCUCAGGGUCUCCCGGGACGAUUGUCAGCUCCGGAAGGGCCAGGCCCAAACCGAGCUGCAACUCAGCUCCUCUCACGGCCGGUUCCUGCCACUGCUGGACGUGGCCUCCCCGGACUUCGGCCAGGCCAACCAGAAGUUCGGGUUCCUGCUGGGCCCCGUCUGCUUCAGCAGCUGAGAGUCUGGAGGGCGGGGGAGCAGGACUGCCAGACACCCCCCAGCGGACACUUAAAUGGUGCUGAGGCCUUUGAGCUGCCCUAUUUAUCGGUUAAGUCUCUCCUGCUCAUGGCCAGACUGAAGGAAUUUUCUUCCUUCUACAGCCCCUUCCGGGGGGCCUCAGUUGAGGUUUAAUCCCUUCCCUCUUGCAUCCCACCCAUGCACCCCAAAAUCUGCCUCUUAUCCCCUCAAACUCUGGUGCUCCUAUACCUCCUUGUCGACCACUGGAUUCGCCCCU